AUGGCGGGAAAAUUAACAAAAGAUGCCGGUAGAAGAGCUGGAACGUGUAGAGUUUGUCUUAAAAGUUUUAAACCAGAAGAAUUUUUUAAAAUGUGCUCCGAGUGUCAACAGAAAGUUUGCGAAGAUUGUGCUUCUUAUUCUAAACUCGAUGAAAAUCAAGAUGAGAGCACUUGGAGUUGUAGCAUUUGCAGAAGAAAAAGACAAAGCAGAACGCAACCGGUAAUAACGCAAGAAUCGACGGACAGCCUACUGGAAGUACCAGUUUUAGAAGCACUUCAAAGGCGGCAUUCGGAUGUUAAAAUAGGUAGCGGUUCAAGCGGAAACGCAAGCGGAAGUUUAGGCGGGGGUUUGGCUCCUCCAAGAUCUCCAGAAUUGAGACGUCAUUCUGAUGUUUCUCCAGCAUCAUUAAAAGAAAUAGAAAAGGUUGCUGGAGAUCGGCGAGAUGAACUACGGUGGGAAAGGGAAGUCGAAUGGAGGAAAAAAGGAAUGCCAACCGGAAGUAGUAAAACUUCGAGUCCUCUUACAGAAAGAAGGCCACCACAAGAAGAAUCAAGAUACCCCCCUCAGACGUUGCCUUCAGUACAAGCGGAAGGAAACAGUGAAGACGACGAAGAUGCUUCUAUGCAGAAAGGAAAUAGAAACAGAAGAAAAUCAAGAAUCGGGCGACAACAUAGCUACGAUGAAGAAAUUAAAAAUGCUGGUUCCAAUCAAUUUCCACCAAGCGAAUCUGCUUUAGGUCUUCCUGCUGCUCUACCAAGACGUGCAUCUGCAUAUGAUGUGUACGCAUUUCGUCAGGGUGAAUCCGGGGGGCAUCAAGGAACGAAUCCGAACAUUCCUCCAGGUGGAAGAAGAGCUUCAUUUAGAGUUGUACCAAAACAAGAAGAUCCCCUACCUUACGAACCUCAACCUGUUGUUCCCACUCCGGACAGUGUACCCGUAUCAAGCCUCGCUAUUGAAGAUGACAGAAGAACACGAAGAAGAGGUUCACAAUUGCCGGAUAUCAGUAACAUAAGAGGUAUUCAUCAAUCUGUACCUCCUAAAGGUCCACCAAGAGUUAAUCCGGAAGCUAUAAUUAAUGCGGAACCAAUGAGAAGGCAGCCAUCUUGUGACGGAGAAGCCAUUAAAAUUGUUAUUGAUGACGUCGAUUCCGAUGCGACUUUUGUUUCGAGGCCGGGAUGUAGAAAGCGAGUCGUUUUAAGACGGGAUCCAGGGGAUAAAACACACAGGACAAGAGGUUUCGGAAUGAGAGUCGUAGGUGGUAAAGCAUCCAUAGAUGGAAGAUUGUUUGCUUAUAUUGUAUGGACGGUACCUGGAGGACCUGCAGAAAAAGCUGGACUCCAGCAAGGUGAUAAGAUUUUAGAAUGGUGUGGAGUAUCACUCAUCGAUAGAAGUUUCGAAGAAGUUUGUUCAGUUAUGGACCGUACAAGAGACGUUGCUGAACUUCUUGUAGAACACGCAAACGAUUUGCGGAUGUGCGAUUUAUUGGACAAUCCAGGAGGGAUUCAAAUUCCUACCACAACAAGAAAAAGUUCAAAUGCAGAACCAACAGGAUUAACAUUAGAUUCGGAUACGGAUAAAGCUUCGACGUCACCAACCAGACGGAAGCUUCCAAAAACUCCGGUAUAG